AUGGCAGUAGACCCCCUUUCUCCUGUCGCGCCGGCCCGUCUACGUGCUCUGCUGCUCCCUGUUGGAAAGAUAAAGAGAUCCCGUUUUCUGAGCUUGGUUGAGCGACUCCGGGCAAACAAUGUCGUGCGUCUCAGCGAUGUUAGCCCCGAUGCGAAUGGCCGCCCGAAUAGAAAUUCCUUCUCCCCUUUGGCCUUUCCUACGGGCAUGAUUGUUUACGACCUAUCUAUAUCAGUUCCUCCGAUAUCACACCUUGACCUUUUCCCCUUUGAAAUAUUCAGAGAAUCCCUUGUCAUAAUAGCCAUUGCAGACGGUAUAGAGCUACCUGGCUCAACCGAUGGGACGCAGAUAUCAUCACAGGCAACCACUUAUGGAACUAAGAAAACUAAGUAUCCCGAAGUGGAGGGUCUUGAAGAGCUCCAGCAGGAGGUACAUGCACUCAAGGACAGCCAUCCCAGAUCCCUAGUUCAACAACUAUUAAUAUUCGAUUAUGGCGGUGUGGAAAAACUCAUUACGGGCCCCGAAGCAGUGGUGUGGAUUCCACGUCCGGAAGUUGCAACGUCAACGACGGUUAAGACGGUGAUGUGUGAUAUAACUUCGCGGAUACUUGGAGAACUAUCCGGAUUCGUAGAACGUAUGCAGGAAUGGCCUACCGUUGAAUCCCCCAAGGCGUCUUCUUGGGGCCCACGUCGAACUCCAGAAGCUCAUCCAGGGUCCCCUGAUAAACUUCAACAGAGAAUGACUAUGCCCGCACAGCUACCAGGAGCCAAUGGAACAUUCUCCCAUUUCUCUGAUGCAAAUUCUCAGCCAGCAGAACACGAUUCUCCGAUCACCUUUGACGAAAUCACUAGAUCCAUCCAACUUUCCAACCGGAUAUCUUCAUCUAUCAAGACAGCUUCGAAGCCCGGUUCAAAGGAACACAGCCGUGAGAGAAUGUCAGUCCAGGGGAUUGGGUUCAUGGGCGCAAAUGAGAGAACCAAAAGUCGAUUAAAAGGCCGUUUGAGCAUAGUAGCGGGCACAUUGUUUCUCCAGGCUGGUCUAUGGCCUGAUUCCCUGAAGGAGCUUGUUGAAGGCGCAUCAAUAGCGAGAGCAGGUAGCGAUUACAUUUGGCAUGCAAAAGCCCUCGAGUCGAUUUUACAGUGUCUGCUCAUGCUUGGAUGGGCAGGGAUGGAUUUCAAGAUACCCCAAAUUUGCUAUCCAACUGCUGAUAAACUCUUAUUAAAAUCUGCUUCUCAAACACCUACGAUGAGUCAAACGGAACUUUAUAGCAUCGGACAAUCAAAUCCCGAAAGCCGCGUAGUUUCACUCCAGAAUCUGGCAAAUCUUCUUCCCGAUCUCUCAAAUAACAUCCUACAUCUCUACACAAGAGCAGCAAAUAUUACAGACGAGCCUGCACCACAACUUGUAUUUUCGGAAACCGUGAUAAGGCUUGCACGUGUUCUCGCAGCCACUUACCUUCGUGACGGUUCACUUGACGACAACGCUCUGGGGAAUAUUGUAAUGAACGACCCCUUACAAUUUCUCCGCUCUCCCGAACGCCCUCGAGGUUCCCUUUCACUUAGCAAAACGGAUAUAGCAAGCUUUCUAUUCCGAGCUUUACCCCCAUCUCUAGGUUCCGAUCUUCCUGUUACCGAUUCCUCCCCAAUUUUAGUUGGCAUGGCGUCCACUCUAUGGACGCUGGGGUUAGACCGGAAAAAGGCGUUCGUACUAAACCAACUGUUUUCUGUUCUAAUUCCAGGGUUGGUACAAGCUCGGAAAAUUGGCGCUGCGGAAGUUGGUAUUCACCCCGCUGCUGGCUUAUCAGCUUUGAACUACGCCGCUUUCGACAUAAAUGCAUUGGAUGUUGUGCCGGGAGAUAUGAAUGGGAGCCUGAGGCAAUUAUUGGCUUAUGUUGGGAAAAUAUACGGUGUCCCAAGUACAACGGUCUUCGCUGACGAAAGGGAUGUUUCAAAGCGUUGCUCAGCGGAUAGCUGUGAGAGUGUAGCGGACUACGAUUCCGUCGGUUCAAUAGUUAACAGGGCGUUACGCCAUUCAACAAUUGAUGGGUUCGGCAAUCAUGCGCUGAAAGUCGACAUACUGAAGGCGUGCAUUAAUUUCUGCGAAGCGCUUCCUGACUUUAAAGGCGUACUUCAGUUUACAGUCGACUUGCUUCAAACAAUCAAAGGAACACAUAUGCUUGUUCCAGACAGUUAUCACGGAGUUCCGAGCUUACCUCCUGAAGAACAAGUGCGGUUAUUUAACAACGUCAAGCGAACUGUUGCCGCUGCAAGAAAACUUGGGAUUCCGAAUUUAGAAGCCGAAUAUUGGGAUGAUUUCUUAGUGCGCGGUGUGGAACUUGUCAAUCUAGCUGACUUCAAGGAACCUGUCAGACGAUCGAGAACCGAUUUCGGUUUUUCUAAUAUAGAGGAGAGCCGCGCAGAAAAAAAUCCGUUUAUAUAUAGCGCAUUCUCAAAGACAACGACAAGACGUUCAGAAUGUUUGUUGAUUGCUGAAGAGCCAGCCAUGUUCAAAGUCACUCUCCAAAAUCCUUUUGAAUUUGAUGUGGAAAUUGAAAGUUUACGGAUAGAGGGGACUGGGGUUUCCUUCGAAGCAGAUACCAAGGGGCUCUGGCUUGCACCAUUUACUAUUCAGGAACACUGCUUUUCCGGUGUUGCAACCACAGAAGGGACGCUUGAGAUUGCGGCAUGUUCAGUGAAGGUAAAAUUCUGUCGGGAAAGGAGGUUUCCUAUCUUUAAAAAAUUCUGGAAACCAGAGUUUGAAACCAAGGCCAAACGAACGGGUCUAGCGGCAGUGAAGCCAUUUUUUGAGCGACCGUUAUCCUGGAGCUCAAAUGCCUCAGAGACAGGCUCAGAUGUAAUCCCGAGAGGUCUUGAGCCAGAUGUUAUGGUUGCCAAGGUUAUCAAGAAACAGCCAACAUUGAUCAUCCAGUCGACAUCGCUUUCACAAUCAGCGAUCAUGGUUCUAGAGGGCGAGACUAAAUCGUUUGAUAUCACGCUCCAAAACGUGUCGACUUGCCCAGUGGAUUUUAUUUCGUUUCGCUUUGAAGACUCCACAUCCCGACAAUUGCAAUCAGCGCUUAACAACAAAGACAACCUCCCCGCUGAUAUAUUCGAGUUAGAGUUAAAGCUCUCUACAAACCCAACAUUGACAUGGAGGCGGAAUGAACUCAACCAAAGUGAGCUCUCGAUCGCUCCGGGGAAAACCACAACAUUCACCGUUGAUGUAUUUGGGAAGGCAGGACUACAGGAUGCCGUGGUCCAAAUCGACUAUGCGCACGUUUGCGCUUCUCCAUCAAAUCUCCCCGAGACAUUUUACUGCAGGCAAAUUUCCUUGCCCUUGACCGUGACAGUCAAUGCUACUGUGGAUAUUGUACGGUGUGACCUACUUCCAUUCACCGGAGAUUUCGCAUGGAACAAUAAACUGCAGAAAGAAAAAGAUUCGGGCGGCACAAACAACGAUGAGAAAUCAAUUAAAUCAGUUGAACAAACAUCGUCACCAUUAACACCACGAUCCAUUUCGCAGUUUAAGGAUGCCCAGUAUUCGCGGACAUUAUCACAGCUUCGCUUAGCAUCGCAGAGUUCGGAUCAUUGCCUCUUACUUAUGGAUUUACGUAAUACGUGGCCAAAUCCCCUAUCCGUCUCUUUGUACGUAAACGAAAGCACCUCAGACAGCGAAACCAAUAACAUUUUGGAAACCGGCGCAAUCGGCGUCCACGAAAUAUAUGAUGAACUCCAGCCCGGCCAUCUGUCCCGAUUUGUCCUUGUCGUGCCGCGCAUCCACAUAGUGAACCCGCAAAAACCCAUCCCAUCGCUCAACAUAGGCAACAAACGGCAGUUUGUCGUCAGUGCAAAUAAAUUCAACUACGAGGUUGAAUCUUCUGCUAGAGAAGUCUUCUGGUUUCGAGAGGAACUUCUCAAGCGUCUUCGUGGGUCAUGGACAGAGUUAGCAACAGGUCGCGAAGGCACUAUUGACCUGCGGGGAAUACGGCUGAAUGCACGGAUGCUCGAUGCUCUCCGGAUUGAUAAUGUCGAUGUCACUUUCUCCCUCCGUCCGUAUGCGUCGGGGGCCAGUACAUGUCCUAGUAGCGAUCAUACCAAUGACAGUGACAGUGACAGCCACGUCGCUCAAACAGGCAAAUCCAAAUUCGUCGUUAAAACCAAUACCUUCCUUACCCUCUCCGCAACGGUUAUAAACCGAUCAUCGAAACCCAUUCAUCCGCUCCUCCGUCUUCAACCCAGCCUGCGCCAUCUGCCCCAUGCCAUCGCUCUGGACUUAUCCAAGCGUCUAGCUUGGUCGGGAAUGCUCCAUCGUCCUCUCCCAGUUCUCGAACCGCACAAGACGACGGAGGUAACACUAGGCAUCACGGCGCUGUGUCGCGGCGAAUAUGAAAUUUCAGCCAGCGUUGAGGAGGUGCGACUUUUGAAACCGUAUGCUCCGGUAUCGGAAAAGGGGGCUGUGGCACCGACUGCGGAGGGGACAGAUAUGUCGGAGGAGGGUUCUGGGGCUGGUGCUGAUGUGCAUCCUCAUUUUGACGGUGUGUUUAUUGCCAAUGCGCCUAAGCAACGACGAAUAUGGCAUUCACGGGUGCCUUGUAUGAUAUCGGCUCGCGACUGA